GAUCUCAGCUUCAGUUCUUAAACCUGAACCCUAGCAUGUUUUUGGAAUUGGAACUUUGAUCGACGCAAUUGCGGAAAAUCUUCCAUCGGAGGAAGGAGCAUGCAAAAGCUGAGGGUUUUGAGCUGAGGGCUUAUUGUAGCUGGAACGAGGAAGGAGUGAAGUAGUUGCCGAAAUGCAGGUCGCCAGAACCUUUCUGCGGCCCUUUGCGGUUGCGCACAAUUACACUUCCGUUCGUCUAAGUGGUGGUCUCGCGGAUUUCUUUGAAGCUGGCCGUGAUCCGAAAUCCACCGAGAAAAUUGUUUACGGCCGAAGUUGGAAGGCUUCUGAAUUGAGACUGAAAUCAUGGGAUGACCUCCACAAACUUUGGUAUGUGUUGCUGAAGGAGAAGAAUAUGCUACUGUCACAAAAGCAGAUGCUGAAUUCUCAAAGUCUUCGCAUGCCCAAUCCAGAGCGGUCUGGCAAGGUUCGCAAGUCAAUGUGCCGCUUGAAGCAAGUUCUUACGGAAAGAGCUCUGGAAAUAGAGGACAGAACCAAACGGAACGUUUUGAAGAGAAUGAUUAAUUCGAUGUAAGGGUUGUAACGCUGUUCGAAGGCUUUCUUCAACUCAAAAUUAGAUUCGGAAGGGAGGCGAGGUGAUCUCUAGGUAGACAAGGAACUUCUGUCCGAAGAUAUUCUCGAGGUCAGACGGAGGAGGAUUAUUGAGUUCCGCAAGCACCUCUGGAAAUUCUGUUAGUACAUGAAAGGAUGGAUCCUAUGUGAUAGGGAGGAUGAGAAAUAGCGCAGGUUGUCCACUUCACUCAGUUCCUUUGAGAGACGGUGGCCGAAAUCGUCGUUGUAUGGGCGUGAGUAGUCCAGACACUCAAGGUUGCUAUCGAGAUUCUGCAAGCGUUUCUUAUCUUCUUUCACGAAGACAAACAGUGAACUGACUACUUUGCUCCUGACAAGCAGAUUCUGACUCUCAUGGACUGUAUACACGAGCUUAAUGCGUGGAGUGCUGCAAGGCUCUUUGCGUUACAAUGUUUGUCCUCCUUGCGAUCUUUGCGGAGAAGUCAUUUACUCGACUUUUUUGAAGUUCUACCAUCAAUUCCGCAUUAUCUAGAGUUUUCGCCAAAGUAGCUGUUUCAUCUGUAGAAAUAUGGAAUACGAGGAGAAGAUGUCAAGAGCACAAGGAUGCAGGAACAUUAUCUUUGCCUCGAUAUCAUCGUUCGUGGCCCUGCUAAGCCUUGGGUGUUCAUUAGCAUGGUCAUGAUUUGUUCAGAGGCGGGUGGCCGGAACGCAAUGUUUAAGUAACAAGGGAAUCCCCUUUAUCCGAAAUCAUUACAAUUAAAGCCGUUUUUCCAACAGACUU